GGUGUUAGGUAUUGCCAUGGCACGGUUUUAUUUACAGAAAGGAACACAUAGAGGCUUAUUCAGAAGUGUUCAAAAGACACUUAAAUUCUUCCAGACAAUUGCUUUGCUUGAGGUAAUCCACUGUGCCAUUGGAAUAGUUCGCACAUCUGUGCUUGUGACUGGGGUCCAAGUGAGUUCAAGAAUCUUCAUGGUGUGGUUCAUUGCACACAGUAUAAAACAGAUCCAGAAUGAAGAGAGCGUUAUUCUUUUUCUGGUCGUAUGGACUGUGACAGAGAUUACUCGAUAUUCCUUCUACACAUUCAACCUGCUCAACCAUUUGCCAUACUUCAUUAAAUGGGCCAGAUACAACUUUUUUAUCAUUUUGUAUCCUGCUGGAGUUGCAGGUGAACUGCUAACCAUAUAUGCUGCUUUACCCUAUGUGAAGAAAACAGGAAUGUUUUCACUGAGACUUCCCAACAAAUACAAUGUGUCCUUUGACUACUAUUACUUCCUUAUAAUCGUCAUGUUCUCCUAUGUUCCAUUAUUUCCACAACUCUACCUCCACAUGCUGCGGCAGAGAAGAAGGGUGCUUCAUGGAGAAGUGAUUGUGGAAAAGGACGACUGAGUCAAGCUGUGUAACUAUGGUGCUUUUAAUGAGGGGGAAGAAGAAAAAGAGGGUAAAACCCCAAAACUUCCUAUGAUUAUUCUGAGUCCAAGUUUUAGAACAUGGAACAAGAAUAAACAACUCUGCAU